CUCUGCUGUCCAAUGUGAGCAUCAGCCUGAGUCCAGACAAGGAGAUAUUUAUCGAGAAUAAAGACACAGUGACACUAAGAUGUACAGCGAUGGGAUCGUUCCCCACCUAUUCCUGGGCACUGGAUGGAAACCCGUUACCUGUAACCCCACGUUACACACUGUCUGCAGAUAAUAGCACUCUGACAAUCAGCCCCGUACACAGGAACGACAGUGGAGGGUUUAUCUGCACGGCCAGUAACCCGGUGAGCAGUGACAGCAGCAAACCAGUGGCCCUAACCAUACAAGCCCUGGUGUCCAAUGUGAGCAUCAGCCUGAGUCCAGACGGGGAGAUGAUGAUAGAGAAUAAGACACAGUGA